AUGGCAGACAUGAAUAACACCAUCAAUCAGUUUUUAGAUAAUUUUGAAAAAUUAAGUCUUACCUCUCCUUAUAGUAUCUCCUCUCUUUGUGACUCUUUAAUUUCUUCCAUCACUUCUAUAUCGCCCCAUUCAAUCAGUAUUGCUGAUCUUAGACGUAAAUGCGCCGUGGUAGGACAAUUAGCUUCUUUUUUAUUAGCGAAAUACAAACAUGGCGGCCUGGAAAAUACGUAUAGGAAGGAAGAGAUUUUAGCCAAUUUAGCCUUUUGGUCGCUACAACUUAUAAGGACAGAAUCAUCCAAAUUAGCAAGUACGGACGAUCAAGAUGUUAAUGAACAAAGUGAACUUGGCUUAGAAGUGUAUAUCGCAUCUCUUGUGGUGGCCGUUGCAUCUCAUGUUGCAUUUCCAACAGUGAAAUUAUCGUCUACCAAUGAAUCAUCCGCUAAUAGGAAUGAUAGCCAAGAGCAUCGAACUGCGUCGCGCAAAACAGCUCAUGUUACUGUCUAUGAACAUGCUAAUGAUACUACCAAUGCUGGCAUAAAACCUGCUAAUUCCAAUAUUGGUGCACAAAAUAACACCCAUAUCCAAGAUGGACAAAUACAAAGUAAUAACGGUUGUGGUAUGAAGAUAGUGAGCUGUAAAUCGAUGAAAGAUCAAUCAGAUGUGAACUUUGAUCAUAUCAUCAACUUGGAUGAUUGUCAGUAUUACUGGUUAGAUCAACCUUAUGAUGAUUUACAAAAAACGGUUGAGGAGGAUAAGCAGGUAUCCAAAAAGAAGAAAAUAUCAAUGGCUGAAUAUAGGGAUCGUUUGGCCAGUACGAAUAACUCGGGUCCUACUGAAAGUUAUAAGAUCAAUCCGUGCGUGACAGGCAAUUACGAAGAAUGCGUGACUACUGUGCUAAAGAAACAGAAAGCUGCUGCGAAAGAUCCACGUAUCAAGUUACUGGCUCAGAGUUACUUGAAAGAAAAGAAUCCUGAAGCGAAAUUGACAGUUAAUGCUCAAGAAAAAUCUUCUACAUCAUCUAAUACUAAAUCUAAUGAUACCACUGUGGGAUAUUCGCCAGAGGGUAGUACAAAUAAUGAUACUAACGCGAUAUGCAAAAGUAAUGUAAAAACAGAAGAUGAUCCUGAAUCGGGAAUAAUCAUGUAUCCACUGGAUCAUUUAAAACGGAAAAAGAAGAACGCUUUAGGUUUUGGAAAUUCUGUAUUUAAAGAGGCUGAGCAUUCGUCAAUUGCAACUCCACCUCCUCUCUACACUGCACGUAAUAAUAACAACUCAUCCGAGUCCUUGAGUAGGUAUCUUGAAAGACUCGCUGAGCAUGUUCAGAAGCGAAAUAAAACGGAGAAAGUGCAAUUUAUUGCUUUCGAUAAAUAA